AUGGAGCCUGCUCUUCCACCGUGCUCCGAGUCGGCGGCGGCGGCGGCGGCCCUAGGGCACCUGCGGGGCGUGGAAAAACAGCUUCAAAAUGAAGGACUUGUGUUUGACAAAGAAACUGUGCAGCACCUUGAAGAUGCUAUUAAAGCUAUUAAGGAAUUGGAAGAGGAAAGAAAACAUACAACUGAACUGUGGGAGGAGGAGACCAUAAAAAAUUGUAAUCUCCGUGUCAGAAUCAAAGGACUUCCGGACAUUGUCAUGAAAGAAUUUGAAGAACUUGUAGCUGCUGCCCAUCGAUUCAGUUUGCAUAAGUUAAGUGAUAUGGAGAAGUCCCUGAGCGAAGUUUCUGCUGCAGUGGAAGCGGUCUAUUCAAAACAGCAACUCUCCGAAGAACAAAACGUUACACUGUGUCAGGAGCAAGUACAGAUGCAGGUCAAAUAUGAAAAAGUUGCCAAACUAGUGAAUUGCCAGCUGGGAGAAAAACAUGCUCUCAACAUUCAGUUAAAUGAACUCCGCAAUCUGAGAAAACAAGACGAGGAAGACAUUGUCAUUGAGGAAAAUGCCAUUGAAGAACUUAAGGAAAUAAUGGCUAGUGAGGCCAUUGCUUUUACAGAAAAGAAAAAGAUCUUGGAGAUGGAGAUUGAAGAGCUUCGAAGGCGACUUGAGAGCAAGAAGGUUGAAAAUGAAGAAAUGAAGGCCGAAUAUGCGAAAAUGCUUGCAAUGUUUAUAGCUCACGAGAAGGAGAUUGACGAAUAUCUCCAGAUAAUUUCAGAUCGGAGGGAUGAGCUGGGAGAGCUUUUUAAAAAGAUCAAAGAGCUGUUAAAGACGUAUGAAGAGAAGAAGGCUGAGAAAGAGGAGAUCUUCAAAAAGAAAGCUGAUGUGCACAGCAAUCUAACUUCAAUGAGUGAACAGUUUGAUGAGGAAAGAGAAGCUUUGCUACAAAAGUUAGAGGAGGCUGAAGAGCAGCUGGAAGUAGUAAGGCGAGACAACGGCAAACUAAGACGUGAAAACGACCUUCUCACCACACAGUUACAAGUAUUAAUUGACGAAGAAGAACGUUUCUGUGCACAAAGAGACUAUCUGGCACGAGAAUUUGAACAUUUAUCCAAUCUGCUCACUGAAAGGCUUGACCUUGUGGCAAAGCACUUAGUGGAGACAAAAACCAUACAAGAUGAGGUGGACAGACUGCAGGAGAUAUAUGACACCUCAGAAAAUAACUAUGCAAGAGAAUUGGUAUCUUUAGAACUAUCGUUAAACAAAGAAGCUGGUAGAAGAUCUGUCCUUCAGGAUCAACUUAAUGACAUUUCAAAUCUGUCUCAGAAAAUGGCAGCUGACCAUGAAGAGUUUCUGAGCAUUUCAUUGGAAAAGUCUGAGAAUGGUAAAAAGCUGCUCAGCAUGUUAACAAACCAGAAUGAACAGCUCAAGAAAGAAACAAUAAAAUCCGAGCAGGCGGUUAAGCUCCUCAGUGCAAAGCUACUUAAAAAAAAAGCUCAAUAUAACAAACUUAAUGCCAGCCUGGAGGCAGAAAUCAAGCAGCUUGAGGAAGAAUAUAAUGCUAAAAGAACGCACAUAGGAGAAAUGGAAGAAGAGUUAAAAGUAAAUCUCCCACUCUUGGAGAAAAUGCAAAUAGAAUUAGAAGGAAAGAGCACCGGCUACAGCGACCAACAGGACGUCUACCUGGAGUUGCAAGAAGAACAACGCACACUAAGCAAGUCCAUAGAACGGUCACUAAAGGAGUGUGACAAACUCAAAAGGCUGAAGACUCAAGCGAAGAAUGAAAUAAAGAAGAACAGGGACCUUGCACUUACCCAGCUGAAAACGUUUACAUAUUCUCUGAAGUUUAUCGAGAAAGACAACUAUGAGACGGACAGGCAGCUCUACAUUUUGAACGCAGAAAAUGCUAGAUUAAGAGCAGGCAUUGCGUAUCUCAAAGAAGAUAUUUCCACAAUGGACAGUGAGGCAAAAGUCUAUCAGUCAAAGCGACAACAGAUCCAGAAAGACAGGAGUGCCCUUUAUGACAUUUUCAACAAGGAAUGGAUCAAGGAUGACCUUCUUCACAAGAUGUUCUUGGAGUAUCAGCAUGACAUCUUGCAUAUUCUGGAAGAACAUAUCAGAAGAAAUAAAAAAAAGAAUGAUAAACUUGUUUAUGUUCAUGAUGGGCUACAGCUAAACUAUGAAGCAAUGGAGUCUCUGUUAAAAAGCAAAUCUACAGAAGAUGACAAGGUGUAG